AUGAGAUCACAAGGAAUCACCGGCCCUCGUUACAGAUUCCUUUUCGGAAACACACGGGAAAUCGCGAACAUGACACGAGAGACUACCGGAAAAUCAAUGGACAUCGUUUCGCACGAUAUUUACCCGAGAAUCUUGCCACAUGUGCACUAUUGGGCAAACUUACAUGGUGCGAAAUUCUUGAAUUGGUACGGCCCUCAAGCGCAAUUAGUAGUCACCGAGCUCGAGCUUGUUAAGGAAAUACUAAACGAUAAAGAUGGAAACUUUCCAAAAAUAGAUCUUGAAGGUCAUGCCAAACGGCUACUUGGAGAUGGGCUCUCGUCAUCGAAAGGCAAAAAAUGGGCGAAAAUGAGAAAACUCGCAAAUAAUGCUUUUCAUGGAGAAAGUCUCAAAAAUAUGAUACCGACAAUGAUCUCAAGUGUGGAUACAAUGUUGGAAAAAUGGAAGGACUAUGAAGGCAAAGAAAUUGAAGUGUUUGAGGAGUUCAGGAUAUUGACGUCCGAUAUCAUUUCUAAGACCGCGUUUGGCAGUAGCUAUUCGGAAGGCGAGAUUAUCUUCGACAAGUUGAUGAAGUUAACGUUGAUUUUAUCUCGAAACACACACAAAAUUAAGCUCCCUUUGUUAAGUCGAUUAUUUCCGAGCAACGAUGAUCUCGAAUCCGAGAAGCUCGAGAAAGGCAUCCGGGACUGCAUUGUUCAGAUUAUUACGAAACGGGAAAUGGACGAAAACAUCAAAAGCGAUUUUUUUGGGAAGCUUCUAGAAGAAAACUUGAAGAUGUCCGUACAAGACAUAGUCGAUGAAUGCAAGACAUUCUAUUUUGCUGGGCACGAAACAACGAUGUCUUUGCUUUCGUGGACAAUAAUGCUCCUAUGUCAGAAUCAAGAAUGGCAAGAGAAAGCGAGACAAGAGAUUAUCGAGGUUUUUGGACAAAUGGUUCCUAAUGCAAAGAGCAUGACAAGACUCAAAAUAACGAACAUGAUUAUAGACGAAUCACUAAGACUCUAUCCACCGGUGCCGGCCAUUAAAAGAAAGGUCGACAAACAAACGAAACUUGGAAAUUUACAAUUGCCACGACAAAUGGAGUUGUACAUUUCACCAUUGGCCCUUCAUCAUGACCACAAAAUAUGGGGAGAAGAUGCUCAUCUUUUCAGACCAGAGAGAUUUGCAAAAGGGAUUGUUAUGGCAACUAACAAUAAUCCGGUGGCUUUUAUGCCAUUUGGGUUCGGGCCAAGAAUUUGCGUUGGAUUAGAUUUUGCGAAAAUUGAGGCCAAAAUAGUCAUUUCCAUGAUUUUGCAGCGUUAUAGAAUAGCACUUUCAACAACGUAUGUUCAUUCGCCCGUUAAGGUUUUUAUGGUUCGUCCACAAUUUGGAGUUCAAGUGAUUGUUGAGAGAAUUUGA